AGUAAUGUAUCGUUGAAUCACUGAAUGAGUCAAUUCAUGUCAUGUUAUUAUAGUGUUUGUUGUCGUAGUUGUUGUUUGUGUCCACCGAUUGAUUGACUAAUUAAUUAAUUGUAUAUAAAAAACAUAUGAUUUAUUGAUUGAAAACAACCGAUCAAUGAAUUGGUGGACAAAACAGUUUUUAUUUGAUUAAGUGAUACAUGUUUUUUGAAGACAUCCUCUAGUUUUCAGUGACAUCAUUGAAGUUCAUUGCAAGACAUCUGUGUUGUUAUCAAUUUGUGUCAAUUGAUGGCCGAUUUGGGGACACAAGUGCUGACCCUAUCAUCAGGAAGUCAUACAAAAGAGGCGACACUUCGUCUGUCACGAAGCGCACAGCCGACGAGCGCCGACCGGAUAGCGGAAUCGGAACCGUUGUUACCGUCGACAUCACAUCAGACUCAUUAUGUGCCGCUAUUGACCACUGAAGCCAACGACUCGCAUACAACCGGCCAAACCGCCCGCACUAACCACAGUCUAAUCAUUGACGACACGACAAUAGAAAUAUCAAUGACUGGACCAUCGAUCAGCACAACGACGGCUACACUCAGGCCAACAGUGACUACCACUAUAACAGACUCAAUGCAGUCAAGUAGUAGUAGUAUCAGUGGUAGUAGUUCCUCGUCAGCCAAAGAUCACCGCAACGGACUAAUUCAGAUCCCUAUUCCCGACAAAUUCAUGCGAAAAGGAGACAAACUGAUGGCCAAUAAAGAAGCGAACUCUUUGUGGCGUUCAUUUCUUGCCUUACUCUUUGUAUUUGCAAAUAUGACACUAAAUCUAACCGUUUUGGCCAUAAUUCACGAACGGGUGCCACGGAAUCAGCCACCGUUACCCGAUCUUGCGUUUGAUAUUCUUCCGACAGCCGAUUGGGCCCUAUCUGUGGCCGAAUACAUAAUUGUCAUUCAAGUAGUGGGUGUUGUUGUACUUAUAACACUUCAUAGAUAUCGUGUGAUAUUAUUUCGUCGUAUUUGCAUAAUUUUGGGUGUUUUAUAUUUGUUUCGGGCCAUAUGUAUGGCCUCAACACAAGUUCCCGUCGCUAACGUCAACUAUUAUUGUUCACCACAAUUGAGAAAUUCUAGCGACCCGUCGGGUCAGUCCAAUGUGACGACCGGUCAAUUUAUAUCGAUAAUAGCUUCACGAGUCUUCUACAUGAGUCUGGGUAUGGGUUUAUCUAUUAACGGUCAUCACUCGUAUUGUGGCGAUUAUAUAUACUCAGGACAUACCAUCAUUUUAACGAUUGCCUAUUUAAUGUUUCGCGAGUAUGCCAUCCCAUCCCGUUGUCGGACAUAUUUAUGGAAAUUUGUGAACUUCUUUUUGAUUGCACUGACCUUAACGGGAAUCGUGUGUAUAUUGAUAUCCCGGGGCCACUAUCUUAUCGAUAUAGUGAUCGCAUAUUUUGCCACAACACGAGUUUUCUGGAUUUAUCACACAUUAUGUUAUAAUAAUGCUCUCAGGUUCCAGCCGUCAACCAACUACCUGUCCCGUGUCUGGUGGUACCAUAUCUUUAUAUACUUUGAAAGCGCGCAUCCAUUAAGUGAACGCAUAACAUAUGGCGAUCGCACAGAUAGCCAAUUAUCUCAAAUGACUCCCCGAUCGUUUGAAUGGCCUCUGCCGUGGCCGCGGUUUUUACGGCGAAAACGACGCUCAGCUCAACGUCUACUACAAACACAACAGGCAUAGGAAUCGGUGAUCCGAUACUUCUUAUCCCAAAAUAUUUAUCUCAUUUUAGGUGUUAAAUACAUUUAAAAACAAAACAUUUAAAAAAAUCAGUGGUAUUAUUAAAUAAUAUGUAUAUUAUUAUAUCUUUUUAAACAACAAAAACUAACUUUUUUAAAUAUCUAAU